UGGCCAUUCUCAGGACCUUCGCGACUCUAGGCAGCCCCAGCAGCCCCCCUUUCAACGCGUGGACGGGGGAUGAUCCGUGUGGGGGAGAUGCGGGGAGCGCGUGGGCUGGCAUCAAGUGCGACACUGGCAGCCCGUACAGUACAGUUGCUGAGAUUGACAUUCAGGACGCCCAGCUAUCAGGAGACUUGCCGCCUUCCCUUUUCAACCUCACAUCGCUUCGCCUGGUCAAUCUGGCGCUCAACCCGAAUCUGACGGGCAGCUUUCCAGAUGCUCUCGGAAACCUCCUGCAGCUCACCACGCUGGACAUGCACGGGUGCAGCCUGUCCGGCUCAAUCCCAUCCACCAUCGGCCGGCUCACCAGCCUGAGCUACUUUCUGGUCAACCAGAACCGCCUCUCGGGCUCCCUGCCAACACAGAUCGGCACCCUCCCCCAGCUCUACAUGCUUGACGUCAUGGAGAAUCAGCUGGAAGGGCCCCUGCCGACCUUUGAGGGUGCAAACGAGCUCAACCACAUCCACAUGAGCAACAACCUCUUCACGUCUGUUCCAGCAGAGAUCAGCAGACUGCCCAAACUGCUGCACCUGCUGAUGGACAGCAACCGUCUCACCCAUGACUUUCCACUCGCUUUCAACAACACCAACCUCACCGUCAUCUACUGGAGCAACAACAGAAUACCCGGCCCCUUCCCUUCCACCUGGUUCUUCCCCCGACUCAAGGACUUCCUCUUCAGCAACUGCUCUCUACCCAAACAGCCUCUCCCUUCCUUCCCUAUCUCUCGCAACCUCUCCAACCUGGACCUGAGCAGCAACAGUUUUACAGGAUCCAUCCCGGGUGCUCUAUUUUGGCAGCACCCUAACCUCGUCAACCUCAAUUUGGCUAACAACGAUCUUAAUUCGAGCUUCCCUCCAGCAAUCGCCAAUGCUGCCAAUCUGCAAUCCGUCUUCCUAUCAGGCAACCAGCUCAGUGGUCCCCUGCCGGACCUCUCAUCGCUGCCCAGCAUCGUGUCGCUCUCCCUCUUUGACAACUCCCUCUCCUCCCUGCCGCCCGCCCUGCUCGCCAAGAGCAACAACAUCACACUGCAGCUUUUCAACAACGAUCUCUGCAAGCCAUUCAAGCCAGACUACACGCAAGUCUGCUCCCCCCCGACCCCCCUCACCCAAUACACCUCCCCUGCCUUCUGUGACGGCCUCGCCUGUGAGAACGACCUCUACAGCCCUAGCGCACCGCUCUAUAACGAGUCACACUCUUGCGUGUGCGUGUCCCCGUUACGAGCCGACCUGGAGCUGUUUAUAUCGGAUUUCGUGGUGUACCAUGAGGCGCUGGUGCAGCAGCUGGAGCAGCGGAUCUUCUCGGAGCUCACCAGCAAGUCGCAGAUCAACAUCACCAGGCCACAGGUCCUCGUCUCUGCAAUCAGCAGCCCCUCCACGCUCGACUCACUCGCCUCCACCUUCGCCUCGGAGCACAUCAACCACCAGUCAACGCUCAUCAUCACCGUCCUCUUCUUCCCGCCGGGCGGCGAUGGCAGCUGGCACCCGCGAGACACACCGCAGGCCAUCCGCAGCGCGCUCACCACCCGGGACCUUGCCGUGCGCGUUGCUCUCGGCAACUUCGGGCUCUUUCGAGUGGUUGGAUUCUACGGCCCCGCGCCCUACACCCCCCCAUCGCAGCAGCAGACUGCUUCCUCUGGGCUGAGCACGGGUGCCAUUGUGGCCAUCUCAGUGUCCUCCGCUGCUGUUGCCAUCGCCCUCAUUGUGCUUCUUCUCAUGCGACCCUGGGAGAGGAGAGGAGACCUGUGGAGCUCGGAGGACUACAAGGCAAUAGAGGGGCUGCAGAUGCUGGGGGUGCGUCGGUGCAAGCUCAAGGACAUAGCGGAUGCGACCCAGGGGUUCAAGACGCUGCUGGGGGAGGGCGGAUACGGACAGGUGUACCGGGGAGUGAUGGAAUCAGGGGAAGUGGUGGCAGUGAAACGAGCCAAGGGGCACGUGAAGCUGUGCGGCACUGAGUUCCGCAACGAGAUCCAGCUGCUCUCAGCCGUGCGCCAUCGCAACCUCGUGCAGCUGAAGGGCUUCUGUGUGGAGGGGGGCGAGCAGCUACUGGUGUAUGAGUUCAUUGAGAGGGGCACGCUGGAAGAUCUGCUGAGAGCCGACUCAAAGCACCCGCUGACGUGGCGGAAGCGCAUUGACAUCGCGUGUGGGGCAGCGAAUGGGUUUGCGUACUUGCACCAUCAGAUCAAGCCGCCCAUCAUUCACCGGGAUGUGAAGACGGCCAACAUCCUGGUCACAGCGGGCCUCGAGGCAAAGGUGUCCGACUUUGGCAUCUCCAAGGCUGUGCCAGAUGAGGUGGAGAAGGGCGGGAGGCUGGACACGCAAGUGAAAGGGACCGUGGGCUAUUUGGACCCUCAGUACUUCCAAUGCGACCUACUCACGGAAAAGAGUGACGUGUACAGUUUCGGCAUCGUGCUGCUAGAGCUGGCCACCGGUCUCCGCCCCGUGAGCAACGGGGAGCAUAUCCGAUCAGUUGUAAUAGACAAGGUUACCAACCAUGGGGGCGUGUACAGUGUCAUGGACCCAGUACUGAAAGCCUUGUGGGAGAGGCAGCAGUGGGGAGAGGGGGGAGCGGGAGCAGGAGGGGGAGCGGGAGCGGGAGGGGGAGCUGGAGGGGGAGCGGGAGCGGGAGCAAGGGGCGGAGAGGGCGGAGGUAACAGUGUGAAUGGGGAGGGGGGGAAGGGUGAGAGCGAGCCUGUGGAGGAGACGUGUGGGAGUGAGGCUCUGGAGGAUACGUUUGAGUGGUUCCUGCGGCUGGGGAUGCGGGGGAGUGGUGCUGCUGCUGGUGAUGGUGGUGGUGGUACUGCUGGUACUGCAGGUGCUGCUGCUGGUGAUGGUGCUGGGGAUGGUGGUGGUGCUGCUGCUGGUGGUGCUGGUGCUGGUGGUGGUGACGGCAGCAGCAGGCGUGACAAUGGCGAGCGGUCCAAUGGGGAGAGGUCCAUUGGUGCAGUGAGUUCCCAAGCUGGUAGAUCCUUCUGGACAGAAAUCGUGGCCUCGGCGUCGAAAGGGCCGAGCAGGUUCAAGGAGGAGAUUGCGGAGGAGAUGGAUGAGGAGGAAGCGGUCGUGGUUUGCUGA